CCUGACACAGCAGAAGUGGAGGACUGCUUGCAUCAUUUAUGACUGUUUGGGGCAGCGUUUUCUAGCCCUUCAACAUGGGAUUUUGCAAGAUUGCAGUAGCUGGACUGGUGCUUGCUGUACUUUCAUGCACAGUUCAGUGCACAACUACAAGGUACUUCACAUAUGAAGAGGAUGCACCUGGGACUGAGAUAGGCAAUUUAUCUCAAGAUUUAAAGAUUGAUCCGGCCGAUGACCCCGAUACAUCAUUCCGCUUCAUGCAAGAGAACAACUCCUCUGUGAUCCAAAUGAGGGAGGCGGACGGACUUUUGAGUGUCGCAGAAGUAAUUGAUCGAGAGCAGCUCUGCCCCAGGUCCCCCCGUUGCUUCAUCACCUUCGACAUCGUGGCCCUCUCCAGGGAAAAGUUUCAACUCAUCCACGUGGAGAUAGAAGUGAGAGACAUCAACGACCACUCUCCUCACUUUCCGCGCAACGAGACAAAUCUGGAGAUAGUGGAGAACGUCCCACUGUACUCCAGAUUCCCCCUGCAGAUAGCCCUCGACCAGGAUGUGGGUGAAAACUACAUUCAGAGCUACAACAUUUCAGCCUCCAGCCAUUUCGCCGUGGAAGUGCGCGACCGGGAGGAUGGGGUGAAGUUUGCUGAACUGAUCCUGGUGAAGGAGCUCGACAGAGAGGCGGAGGACUCCUACACGAUCCUGGUGACUGCAUCCGACGGAGGGGAGCCUGCAAAGUUCGGGUCAAUGACUGUGAAUAUCAAAGUGCUGGAUUUCAAUGACAACAGCCCGACGUUUGAGCAUGGCACUCUGAAAGUUGAGCUGAACGAAGACUCUCCGGUAGGUCACCGAGUCCUCAGGGUGCACGCGUUUGACCCCGACGACGGCAUCAACGGCGAGGUGAUGUACGCGUUCGCCGACGGCUUAUCACCGGAAGCCGCGCGCGUCUUCCACGUCGACCCGUAUUCCGGCGACGUGACCCUGAAGUCGCUUGUUGAUUUUGAGAAGAGGAGGUCGUACGAGCUGGGCGUCAGGGCGUCCGACAUGGGCGCGAACUCCGCGUCGUCCACCUGCAAAGUUGUGAUAGACAUCGUGGACGUGAAUGACAAUGCACCUGAAAUCAGCAUCAAGCCGAUGACCUCCAGCAGCGACGGAGUCGCCUACAUCACAGAGGCGGCAGCAGCGGAGAGUUUUGUGGCUCUGAUCAGCACCUCGGAUAGAGACUCUGGCGCCAACGGGUACGUGCGCAUCAGCCUCCUCGGGCACGAGCAUUUCACUCUGCAGCAGGCAUAUGGGGACACUUUCAUGAUUGUCACCACCACAACUUUGGACAGAGAGAAGACUCCCGAGUAUAACCUGACUGUGAUUGCUGAAGAUCUGGGAAGCCCACCUUUCAAAACUGUCAGACAGUAUACUAUCCGCGUGACCGAUGAGAAUGACAACCCUCCUCUCUUCAGUAAGUCAGUUUAUGAAGUUUCGGUCCUGGAAAAUAACAUCCCUGGUUCAUAUGUCACCACCGUCGUUGCUCGGGAUCUCGAUAUGGGAAAGAACGCCAAAGUGUCUUACAAACUAAUUGAUUCAGAGGUGCCAGGAGGAUCCCCAAUCUCCACUUAUGUGUCUAUAGAUUCCCUCUCAGGGUCUUUGUAUACUUUAAGGUCUUUUGAUUAUGAGACACUUCAACAGAUUGAACUCAUCAUUGAAGCAGAAGACAAAGGCUCCCCCUCUCUUUCAAGCACAUCAACAAUCAGGAUCAGAGUCGUGGAUCAGAAUGACAACUAUCCAUACUUCACCUUCCCCGUCCUCCUUAAUGACUCUGCUGAUAUUCUGCUGCCCUUUAAUGCACCAUCCGGCUAUCUUGCCCUCCUCGUUUCAGCCGAAGAUGCGGACGAGGGAGUGAACGGCGAGCUCUCCUACCAAAUUGUACAAGGUGACCCAAAGCUUUUUACAAUGAACAAAGACACCGGAGAGAUUGCUUUAAAACAGCGGCUGACAGCUGAAAUUGGUGACGUGCUGGAAAUGAAAAUCGCAGUGAGUGACAAUGGCAGGUCCCCGCUCUCGAGCGGUGCCACCAUUAGGUUCGUCGUCUCCGACACAGAGCCCUCCGAAGACCAAGUUGUAAUUGUGCUGCGGUCAAGUGAUGAAGAAGGCUCCGCUAUUGAUGGCUCACUAAUUAUCAUUAUUAUGCUCAGUGGGGGUUGUGCAUUGUUGCUGAUUGCAAUAGUGGUUGUUGUUGUCACAUGCAAACUCAGCCGCGGAGGAAGGCGCUAUGGCAGCAAGAGAGAAUCCGCGCACCAGAAUCUGUUUGAUAGCAGGCCCAUUCCCAUGCUUGGUUCAGCAGAACCAAACAUUUACACAGGUCAAGGAGGCUUUUUCCAUGAGAGGCCCUCGUUGUCUCUGGAUGAUUCCUGCCUGUAUGAGGAGAGAAGUGGGGACUCAGAAACAAAGAUGUUCCUGCCCUCCAAGCAUUUCCAACCAACGUCUGUGUGGCAGGGUGACAAAUACUGCUUGCAAGUGAGUGGCAUCAGCAGCACUGACCAGCAGAGCGUGAAGGACAGCGGCAAAGGGGACAGCGACUUCAACGACAGCGACUCUGACAUCAGUGGAGACGGAGGCAAGAAGAACUUCAGCACCUUCCAACCGAGGCGAAAAAGCGUAGCUAACAGUUUAUCUGGCGACUGCCAAAGCACUUACUGCGCAAUACCAACACAGAAUUUCAGAGGCCCGAGAGAUGGCGCAUACAGGACGGGCUUCUCCCCGGUGCCCGUCUUCGCGGGUCCUAAUGGCCUCCCCCAGUGUUGGAAGGACUCCGGCUACGGCACAGAUAGGCCGAAAUCCCGCAGCAGCAUGCACAGCUUCUCCAGGACCGGGACCCUUCCUUCCUACUUCCCCCAGCAGCAGCACGAGGCCGGUGUUGCGGGUGCCGCAGUGCAUAGGCAGAGUCCAAAUAUUGUAACGGUAGCUACAGCGUUAGAGGUCGCAACUAUCUUUUAAAAACUUCAUGGAAAGUUGUAAAUAUUUGUUCUUGCUCUGACUAAUUGGUGUAUAUACUGUGUAUUUAAUUAUGUUUAUUCAUGUUCCAUUAUUUGAAUUUCAGUAGUAUAUUGUUUUUUGGUUUAUAUUAUAUUAUAUU